AUGCGUUUCUCCUUGAUCUCGUCUGUCCUUGCCUUGUCGGCUGUUGCUCUUGCACAGACCACUAGCGGAGAGGACUCGCAGACCAUCUCUCUUGACGACCCCGUCCUUCCAUCAACCGGGUCGGUGGCCGUGCCAUCAGAGACUCCUGCCGACCCAGCCACCGAUACUGGCAGCGCCUCCAUUCUCCCAGUCCCACCAACUGUCACCAUCUCGACAGAUGGCCCCAUCGGCACUGCCCCAGGCGGCACUGGCAGCAGCUCCAUGCCCGGAAACGGCACCUCGACCUUCCAAACCGAAACCGAGAGCCGUACCGUCAGCGCGCCAACUGGUACCGCCACCACGACUUCCUCUGAGGGCUUUGCCGCUCCAACCAACGGCCCGCAGGCUGUUGGCCUCGGGCUUGGCCUCGGUGCUCUCAUCGCCGCUUUCCUUUAA